AUGGGCCCCAUAUCCCCCAAGGGCGCGAUCGCGCACAUCUCCAAGCUACUGGUGUUGUCGUAUAUCAUCGACUGGAUCUUCAUCAUCGGUGUCGCCCUAAUUGGCUAUGGAUUUUACAAACAGGACCCCAACCAGCGUCCCUUCUCCCUGACCGACCCAGACAUCUCCUUCCCCUUCACCGAGCACGAAACCGUCUCCACCGCAACAUUGGUCCUCGUCUCUGUGCUAGCCCCGGCCGUGAUCAUCAUCCUUGGAGCUGCGCUCCUCAUCCCCGGCACAGCUGCCGUUGGAGGCCCCACGGUGUCCAGAUCGCAGCUGCUGCGACGCAAGUUUUGGGAAUGGAAUGCGGGUUGGAUGGGUCUGGCACUUGCUCUGGCAGGUGCCUGGAUGGCGACACAGGGAUUGAAGACGUUAAUGGGAAAGCCGCGACCGGAUCUGCUGGCGCGGUGUAACCCGGACGUGAAGAAGAUUGCUGAGUAUGCGGUCGGCGGUCUUGGUGAGCGCCUCGCUGGUGCUCCGGUCUUGGUGGACUGGAAGAUUUGCCGGGAACAAGGGUAUAACCUGCGGGUGGAUGGGUUCUCCAGCUUCCCCAGUGGGCAUUCAUCCCUCUCUUUCGCCGGACUCGGCUAUCUGACCCUCUGGCUCGCUGCCAAACUCUCCGUUGGAUUCCCCUACCUGCCUCAAUUCCCCGUCGAAGGGGAUGAUUAUAGCGACGAGCGCACCUCUGUUCGCACGCGCGGCGCAGCACCUCCCGUGCUGCUGAUGAUCCUGGCUUUCUUCCCAACCGCAGUAGCCUUUUUCAUCGCAUCUUCUCGGUGGUUCAACUUCCGGCAUCACGGAUUCGAUAUCAUCUGCGGCGCUAUCAUCGGAAUCUUCUUCGCUUACAUUGGGAUGCGCAUGUACCACCUGCCCAUCCAGCGGGGAGCGGGCUGGGCGUGGGGUCCUCGAGGCUCCCGCAGGGCCUUCGUUCGGGGUAUUGGAUUCCCCAGCUCCCUGGGAACGGACAGCUGGACGUAUUCGCGAAAGGAAAAGGAUGCCCAGUUCUUCAAUGGCUCUGGUCAUACAGAGCCUGUACAUGAUGUUGAGAACAUCCCGAUGCAAGAGCAGCCCGACGAAGCCACUGCCGACGAAAGGGUGUAA